AUGAAUACAAUCCGAGCUCAACUCAGGAAAUUAUCACCAAAAGCCGUUAUUAGUAUACUGAGAAAAGUCUUUGCUUUACCGGCUCCGGCAGCAAGGCUUAUUCUUAAUGAUGUUACAAGACCACGAAAAUCACAUUCUUCGUGGAUCUAUAAAGUUAAGCCUUUGAAAAAUCAGCAUCAAGACUGGACAGGAUGCUGGAUAGGGGAGAAUAUUAAGCAUUUAAAUGAAGAGGAUCUAUAUAAGCGGGUGCAGGAAGCAGAUAUUGUUCUGUUCUUUGUUCAUGGUGGAGGCUUCCGAAUAGGUAGUUGCACCAUGUAUAUGGAUACACAUAUCGCCUGGAUUAAAGCGCUAAAAGAGAAACAUAAUCUAAAUUGUAUGAUAAUGAGUGUUGACUACAGGUUGGCGCCUGAGUAUCGCUAUCCAAGUCCAGUGGAAGAUGUAGUGAAGGCAUAUGAGCAUUUACUUGAAAAAUUGAAUGUAAAAGCAGAAAAGAUUGUUGUCGCAGGCGAUUCUGCUGGUGCUGCUCUACUGCUAGAAAUGCUAUUUAUAACGCAUGAUCCAAGUAUGUUUGAAAUCAUUACAGAAGAGGAAGGCAAAGACAUAGCACAACAGCCCACUCUGUAUGCAUUACCACGACCUGCAGGAUCCGUUUUUAUUUCCCCACUUGUUACAGAUGAAACAACCUCAGAAUCCUGGAGGAUAAAUCAAAAACACGACUAUAUCACAGACUAUACCGCCAAAGUGAUCAAGCGCGAUUAUUUUGGAAAAGUAGAUUACCGUACGGCAGCAACCAAUGAUGAAGAACAAGCAGAAAGAAUAUUGGGCAUAGCCAAAUUAGAAACUGGGUUCAGGGACUUUUUACCAGCCGAAGUGUUGAUGUAUAUUGGUAAUUUGGAAGUCUUGAGAGACGAUGCGCUGCAGUUAGCAAUGAAAGCUGAGCAGGAUGGUGUUGUAUGGCAGACUGUAGCUGAAGAUUUUGUGCAUGAUUGGUUCUGCGUUCGUGAGGUGGUUAAGGAUAAAGCAGCACUUGCCAAUGCAGAUGCCGUUUUUGCAGAUUUCUGCUAUCGAACCAUUUCGAGAAAUAGUUUUUCGACACAGUGUCAACUAACACCACGUGAAAGCACGCUUUUAGAAACUGUACACGAAGAAGGAGAAGAAUCCGACAGUGAAUCUGUAUCGGUGACGACUUCAACCCCUUUUGGAUCAUCGUCAAUGCUUGAGUUUAGGCUGUCCAAAUUGGCUGGAUUGCAUGAUUCGAAAACCAGUGUGACGCCCCGCCCUUCAUCGAAAUGUUCUUCCGAAAUUGUCUUUGUAUAA